CACGGACGUUUGGGCAGCCUACAGAAGGUUAGCUACAACCAGUUGCAAAAAUGUCGAGACACUCCUACGAAAAAACGACCCUUCUUGCUUCAAAUGGCUGCUGGUCACAGGUCUAUGAGAUAUAAUACUGACCACCCUCCUUCCUCCCAGUCAAAGUUGUUCCCCCAAGUUUUGAGCAUGGUCUUGUGUUGCUAGCAUCUUUGAUAAGUGGUGGAGGGGGCAUCACAAGGACAAGAUCAUGGACAGGCCAUUUAUACCAAAAUGCGGUGCAGUGUCUCAAGUACUUUUGCAACUGGUUGUAGCUACCCUAUCAAGUAGUCGUUCAUGCACACAAUUUCUUAGACCCCCGUAUUGGUGUGCAUACACAAGAAGUAGAAUCAGCCUGGUAUCAGCUGAAGCUGGGGCAAAAAAGGCGGAAAGGCAUAAAAAGAGAAGACUAACAGUAGUGAUAUCUUGACGGGGGGAAGUGUCGUCAAUGGAGAGGAGAAAAUUAUGAUGUUAUCAUGCGAAAUUUCUAGCCCAAAUUGCCUCUUCAGUAUGAUCUUGAUACUCCAGUUUGGUAA